AAAACUUUGUCAUUUGCGACGUUACUUUUAGUAGUAAUUGAUACGACACUACAACAUGUUAAGUGUAGCGCUAGUUACAGUGUUAAUUCCCGUAGUGAUUGCAUACUUCGUGAUAAAUGCGUAUAAAAAGCCCAAAAACUUUCCACCAGGUCCGCCAAGUCUGCCUAUUUAUGGAGCGUUUCCCAUCCUAAGAGCAUUGGGCAAAAGGGAUCUGGCUAAGUCAUGUAGAAAGCUCAGUGAAAUUUACAAUACGAAGGUCUUGGGCUUCUUCCUGUCAAUUUAUCCGUUCGUGGUGGUGAGUGGGGAGGCUCUGAUCAGGGAGAUGCUGACGAGAGAUGAGUUUGAUGGAAGAACGGACAUCUUCGUCGCAAGACUGCGGUCUUACUGGAAAAGGCUUGGUAUAUUCUUCACCGACGGAUACUUUUGGUUUGUACAAAGGAGGUUUACGCUAAGGCAACUGCGAGAAUUUGGCUUUGGAAGACGUUCUGCGUGUCUGGAGGAGGUGUUAGACAAUGAAAUUCGGGAGAUGAUUGACAUGAUUGCCAACGGGCCGAAGUAUCCCGCUGAAAAGGAAAUAGUCAAAGGAGACUUGGUGUAUCUCCACAUGUGUUUCGGAAUGCCAUUCAUGAACGGAUUAAUGCACGUGAUGACCCAGACGACCCUGCCGAGGUCUGACUACCACCUGCUGUGGAAAAUGUCUGAAAACGCCAUGAAGUUCCAAAUGAAUACCGAUGAUUUUGGAGGAGCAAUUUGCUUGACGCCGUCUUUGAAAGAUCUAGCGCCAAAUUUGAGUGGAUAUAACAAGAUGCGUGAAGGCAGUCAGUACAUGCUGGAUUUCUUUAAGAAAUACGUUGAAGAAGCUUUGGCAACGUAUGACGAAUCCUAUGACCGCCAUUUUCUAGACUCGUAUAUAAGAAAGAUGAAAGAAGAACAGAGACAGUCAGAUAAAACUACGUACUCAGCGGAGCAGUUAAUCCUAACAUGUGUGGAUUACAUGUUGCCGUCAGCCACGGGGGUAGAGAUUAUGCUUUCGAUGCUGGUGGAGCGAAUGUUGAUACAACCUGAAAUUCAGGAGAGGGUACAUGAGGAAAUAGACCGGGUGGUGGGGCGUGACCGCCGACCCACGCUCGAUGACAGAAUCAAUAUGCCGUACACCGAAGCAUGCAUACGAGAGGUGAUGAGACAUGACACCCUAGUACCCAUGGGGAUACCACACCGCGCAGUCAAGGAUACCACCAUCGGAGGCUACGACUUGGCUGAGAAUACGACGAUAGCAGCUAACUAUGAAAGCCUUCACUUCAGCAAAGAGAUUUGGGGAGAUCCUGAGAAUUUCAGACCGGAACGCUUCAUAGAAAACGGCCGAAUAAACGUCUCCCUGGACAGGUCGUUGCCUUUUGGAGCAGGUCGUCGCCUAUGUGCUGGAGAGACGUACGCUCGUCAGACCAUGUUCCAAGUGUUCUCAGCGUUCAUGCAAGCCUUCCAGGUGUCUACAGCUGACGGCAAACCUCAUCUCAAGCCAGUCCCGAGACUGCAGGGCAUUAUCAACACCUUGCCCGAAUUCUGGGCCCGAGUCACUCCGAGAAACUGAUAGGCAACACCUAGAAGGGCAAAUCUAACAAACCUAACAUACAAACCUUGUGUCAGCUGUCUAGUAAUCGCAGGGGUUAACAAUUAAGUACUUACUUAUUUAUUAUAAUUAUUAUUUGUUAUAUUCAACCAUGAAUUGUAGCGUUGACAGCGACUCUCCGAACGGCGACACUCGCUACGGUGAGUCUCUUUACCCUCGUAACGCCGAAGCAUAAUUACGAUUUCGAAGUAAUAAACGACGGUGGUACUUACCUUGAAAAGGACCAAAUUUUUGUAGUCGUAAAGGCCGAGCACUUCAAGUACAAAUUUUAAAGUGUUAGAGUUAUCCGAUCGGGUUCAAUUUAAGUGGAGACCUAUGUAAGGAUGAAUAGAAGAUAUUUUUGAAAAAAAUACGUUUUUUUUUAGUUCUUCCAGAAGGACUCCCGGUUUAAGUCACUACUUUUAGUAAAAUCUGAAAAAUAUUAUUAUUAUAAAGGGUUAUGUAUUUUUUCAUUAACAUACAUACCUAUUUGUACGUCAUAAAUAUGUGUAUAUACUUACAUAUUUAAAUAUAAAAUAAGUAACGAGUUUUAGUUUUUAUGAUGUAGUUUGUGAUUAGUCCCUCUGGAAGUACAUUAGGGUUUUAUUAUUAGGAAAGAAAUUAAUUCAUGGUGUCAGUUUAGAUCAUCAUUAGAAGGAAAAAGGAAAUAAAAUGAAGACGGUAGUUUUUUUAAUCAUAAGAUCACGUAAGCAAGUCAGUCUAUAUCGGUAUGAUUUAAUCACAUAACAAUUUAAAAAAGUAUUUGAAAAAUAUCCGGACAUGACACCUAAAGUCCCUUGCAAAGGACUAAAAAACAUUUGCUUUCAUAUUGCUAACGAUAUCGAUACGAAAUUAAUAAAAAAACUAUGUCAUGUUGUUGAUUAUUAUCUUACCUGCGAUUUCUGAAAAUAAUGUAAGUAUAUGAAAAAUUACGAAAUUCGAUUAUUAAUUUGAUUUUUUUUUACCUCGUCGUCGUGUGCGCACCAUCUUUACCAAUAAAAUGACAAAUUACGACAAGUGAUACCUACAUUUUCUUUUUUAUUAAAGCCACCUAUUCACGAAAUUGAAUGAACUAGUUCAUAGACAAAAUACUUUUUUUCUCAAUUGGCGCAAAGUUUUGAUUUAAAUUGACCGGCAAAGUUUUGGUACUUUUAAAAGUACCUUCGUUGAUUAUUCGAACGAACUAUUUCAAAACCUUCGGCCUUUAUGACUACAAUUAUUUGGAGAACCCCAGGGCUUACGAGGUUAAGGCGAGUGGCCUUAUUUUCCCUCUACGUCAAGCGAGUUUUGAUGUUAUAGUACCAUUAUGAUGGUUAUAUCAGCCAAAGAUAUCAGUAGUGCCAUCCUGUAAACAUCAUUUUGCAUCUCUGGAAUGACAUUUGCAAUUCUUCUUCUGUCGUGCGAGUUAUGAGGUGGAUUACCAACCCCAUCAACCCUGGUGUCAGGGUUACCAUUGAGCUGUCAAAAGCCCCUGACAUGACUCAUAAAUCGACUAAUAAUUUACCUACAUCAGUAAGUAGUAACCGGGACCAACAGCUUAAAGUGCCUCAUCUUACUUUCGGACAAUCAGGUGAUCAGCCUGUAAUGUCCUAACCAAACUAGGGAUCAGAAAGUGAUUUUAGUGAUAUAUCCUCACCGGGAUUUGAAUCCGGGACCUCCGGUUCGUAAGCUCAACUCUCAAACCACUGGACCACGGAGGCCGUAGAUUGUAGAGAUUUGCAAUUGAUGAGCGUAGAGAAGUGUCUAGAGUUCCUGAAAUUGGAUUGGUUUUAUAAUAAAACACGGGAUUUCUUUUACUUAGCACUCAAUUCUCUUCAGUAUAAUUCGACGAAAUGUUAGCUGUUGAAAUUCUAAAUGAAUUGCGAGUUAGAGAGUUCGAUUUUACAGGAUUGCACGACUGUUCUCGUUAAUGGUUUAUGAAUAUUAAUAAUAUUAAGGAGUUCUCAUGCUAAUCGGAUCGGAAUCGACUAGACGACGAAACAUGUUUUCAUGCUAAAUUAUACGUAAAUCGAAUCAGUUUAAAUCUGCUAAAAUAUGUAAAGCGUAUUCUGCAAUGUGGGGUUGUCGACCUAAUGUAAAUAUUUCUGUCGGUGUUUAGUCGACACUUUCGUCCAUAUUAAGCUCUUUUACGACGCAUAGUUGAGACCUACAUUUUUCGUUCUUCUUUCUUUGCUCAAGCAGUUGUCUCUGAACUUAGGUUAACGCCUAACCUGUAGAAAUUUAGGGUGGUAUUAAUAAAUUAAUCUCAGCUUUGAGACUGCCCCCAAGCCUCUACCCUAAGGGUGGUAUUAAUAAACGAAUCUCAGCUGAGACUGCCCUCAAUAUCAGGCACAAGUCUCUGUUUUUAUAUGACAACUGUCACAUUGACAUGAUCUUGAGGGCAGUCUCGAAACUGAGAUUAGUUUAUUAAUACCACCCUUAGACUUAGAAUUUACGACUUAUUGAUUUUUUUAGAUAUCUCGACUUAGUAAUUUUGUCCAACUUACUAUUUUAUCUUUCUAGAGUAAUUUAGGUGCCUAAGGUAUUUCGAUUUAGCACUUUAUUGUUUUUGUUAAGAUUUUAUUUUGCUUCAAAAUAAAGAAAUAUUUUGUGAACAUA